UAGUUUAUUUAUAAACAGUCUGUAGUCGAUAUAAGUUAUCUACAACCAAGAAUUUUCGAUUGGAUUUAUUUUAAUGUUUAAAAAAAAAAUAUUGUGAAUAUAUAUAUAUUGAUUUACGUUAUCUUACCUAUUAUAAUUUCUUGAAAUUACCUACUUCAAAAAUAAAAUAUAAUCUUAAGAACAACAAAACAAAAUAUGAUUGACGAAGAAAUCCAAUACGAUGUAAAAGUGAUAAAUGCAUUUAAGAGAUAUGGAGAACAUAAUGUUUUCAAUGGUUUGAACAUGAAUGUGUCGUCAGGUUCUAUCUAUGGUCUUUUGGGCCCGAGUGGUUGUGGUAAAUCGACACUUCUUCAAUGUUUAAUAGGAAUAAUGGAAUUGGAUUCAGGACGAAUUGACUUAAAAGCAGAAAAUUUAAAAGAUGUUGGAUAUAUGCCUCAAAAUUUAUGUUUGGAAAGCACAUUGACCAUAAAAGAAACAUUUGAAUAUUAUGGAACAAUUUAUAACAUGGAUAAAAAGAACAUCGAUACUAAAAUAGAUGAGCUCGAUACAUUUCUACAGUUACCGAAUUUGAAUAGUUUGAUUAAAGAUAUAAGUGGUGGCCAAAGUAGAAGAGUAUCUCUUGGUGUUUGCCUAUUGCAUAAUCCUAAGCUUAUUAUACUGGAUGAGCCUACAGUUGGAAUUGAUCCUUUAUUAAGACAAGAAAUUUGGAAUGGACUUACAACGAUGGUUGAAAAACAUCGGAAAACAAUCAUAAUAACUACUCAUUAUAUUGAAGAAGCCAACUUAGCUAAUUGCAUUGGUUUAAUGAGAAAUGGAGUGCUGGUAGAAGAAGGAUCUCCUCAAGAAAUUAUUUUUAAAUAUGAAGCAGAUUCGUUAGAAUCGGCUUUUUUAACGCUAUGCUCUCAUCAAGAUUCGAAUUUAGCACCAAAAAUUCUUCCUAAAGAUGUUAAAAAAACGCAUAACAUCGAAUCAAACAAUUUAUUUAAAAAUGGAAAAACCAUAGAUUCCAUAAGAAUUAAAGCUUUGCUGAAAAAGAAUGUUCAUGUAUUAUGUCGUGAUUACUGGUUAUUGUUUACCUUGAUGGUUCUUCCAUUCUUUCAAACAUGCAUUUUUUCUUCUGGCGUCGGUGUAAAUUUUAAAGGAAUGGAAAUAGCAAUACAAAAUGAUGAAAUUAGUUUAAAUGAUUGCAAACACAUUUCUAAUUUCAAUGGAUGUAUUUUUAAUAAUGAUACAACUCAAUUAAUGAGUUGUAUUGCUGUACAAUAUCUUACAUCACUCGAUUAUACACUGGUUGAAGUGAAAAAUCGUCAUGCUGGAGAAAUUUUUGUGGACAAUUACAAGUUUUUAGCAUUUAUACAUUUUCCAAAGAGCUUUACACAAGAAUUAACCAAAUUUAUUGACACUCCUAAUGAAUAUGAUACACAAGCGCUGUCUUAUAUGCACUUUGCCAAACAUAAUUUAUUGUUUAAAAAUCAAAUAAUUUUGGAUGUAACAAAUGCAAUGCGCUCUUUGAUAUACAACACUUUGAAUAGUUGCUCCAAUAAUCCAAAAGUAGCUGGUUUACCUAUGGAAUUCAAUGCAUUAUAUGGAAAAGAAGUGAAAGUUCACGUUCACAGUACAGCAGCAGUUUUUCUAGCAAUGGGAGCAUUUUAUUUUAGUAGUAUUUAUUCAGUGAGCACUAUGCUUUCAGAAAGAAUGGAUGGAAUCUUAAGUCGAUCGAUGUUUGCAGGCGUUACAAUAUUGGAAUUGCUUAUUUCAAUGUUUUGUAUUUCGAAUUUUUUAAUUUUGAUUCAUUCGGGUAUAGCUGUUAUUAUUGCAUACGUAUUUUUUUCGAAUCCCAUUCUCAUAUCCAGCGGUCUAUUAAUGUAUGCUAUGUUGAUAAUAAUUAUGUCAUGGAUAGGAUUUCUAUUUGGUUUACUUGCCGCUGGAAUAACCCCAACUAAAGCUGGUGGCGUUCAUAUUAUGAAUGGAUGGGCUCUAUCUCAGAUGUUAUUAUCGGGUGGAGUAUGGCCAAUUGAUGGACAGUUACCCUUAUUAAGAUCAGUAUCUGAGUUACUUCCUAUGAGGUUAGCCGGAAAGACAAUGAACGACAUAACAUUGAAAGGUUGGACGUUGGGUCAUCCAUCGGUCAUAAAGGGUACCUUGGCGACGUUUGGACAUGCCAUAUUAUUAAUAUUGGUUUUAAUUGUUCUAAGUAAAAUAAAAAAGAAUAUGUGGGUUAUACACAAAUAAGAGCUUUAGACUUCAGCAAAUAUUUGUCAUAUUUGUUCUUAAGGUAUUCAUUAUUUACUAUUACUUAAGUUACUUUCUAAUUCAUUUAUUAUUAGUAUUAGCUAAUAAUUAAUUCGUAAAAAGUUCCACAGUAUACUGAAUAAGAUGUUGGAAGACAAUAGUUGUGUGUGUGUGUGAUUUAAUCAGCUAUUAAAUCGACUCUUAAAUUGUGUUACUUUUGUUAUUUGUAUAUAUAAUUCAAGUAUAAUAAACGCAAACAUGUUUAAUUUUUUCAAA